GCAAGCGCUACUUUACUUUGCACCCGGGCGUUACCGUGCCGCCGCCAAUGGCUAUUAUUUGCAAAUUGCAUAUUUCGUCUCUCAGCCGCCACAGCUUCUCUUCUUCGUAUCGCCGUCUUCCCUUCGAAUGUCCCAUCUGAAACCUCCUUUGUUCUGUUUCAUCGAAAUGCUGGAAUGCGCCUCUGUGGUCGGCCUUCUUCUUCCGGCGUCAUUCAUCUGUUCACCAAGUCGAUUGUAGCCGGCGCAACCGCGACCAUUCGUCGUCGGCAUAAAUCUGAAUACGCCAACGACAGGUUUCAGGUGAAGCCACAUCAGAAAGAUUCCUCCUCCUGGGAUAGAACCUUUAGGAGCCUAUGUAUAACGGGGAGAUUGACCGAAGCGGUUGCACUUCUGUGCUGUAUGCCCUUCCAAUUUCACUCCAAAACUUACUGCCUUCUGUUACAAGAAUGCAUUUUCAGGAAAGAGUACAUGAAAGGAAAGAGAAUCCAUGCUCAAAUGGUUGUUGUUGGACAUUUACCCAAUGAGUAUCUCAAAACCAAACUGCUGAUAUUAUAUGCCAAAUUAGGUGACUUAGAAACUGCAAAUAUUCUUCAUGAGAAAUUGCUGGAGAACAGUCUGGUUUCAUGGAAUGCAUUGAUUGCUGGAUAUGUACAAAAAGGGUUUGGAGAAGUUGGAUUGGAGCUUUACUUUAAAAUGAGACGAACUGGUUUAAUACCUGAUCAAUAUACCUUUGCAUCAGUUUUCAGAGCCUGUGCUAGCUUAGCUUCUUUGGAACAUGGAAAGAGAGCUCAUGGAGUUCUGAUUAAGUGUCGAAUCGGCGACAAUGUUGUCGUGUCUAGUGCCCUUGUUGAUAUGUACUUCAAAUGCAGUAGCAUAUUAGAUGGUCAUAAGGUAUUUAACAAAUCUACAACUAGAAAUGUGAUUACAUGGACUGCUUUAAUAUCAGGGUAUGGCCACCAUGGAAGAGUUUCUGAAGUUUUGGAAUCCUUCAAUAGGAUGAUAAAUGAAGGUUACCGACCGAAUUACGUUACAUUCCUUGCGGUUCUUACUGCUUGUGGUCAUGGGGGUUUUGUUUCGGAAGCAUGGCGAUACUUAUCGUUAAUGAAGACGACGUAUGAAAUAGAACCAAGAGGGCAACAUUAUGCUGCCAUGGCAGAUCUUCUCGCGCGGGCUGGGAGGUUGCAAGAGGCAUAUGAUUUUGUUGUCGAUGCACCUUGCAAGGAGCACGCUGUUAUAUGGGGUGCUUUGGUCGGGGGUUGUAAGGUUCACGAAGACAUAGAUUUGAUGAAACAUGCAGCAGCAAAUUACUUGGCAUUGGAUGCUGGCAACGCUGGGAAGUAUGUGGUUUUAGCAAAUGGGUUUGCGGCGUCUGGCUUGUGGGAUAAUGUUGCGGAGAUUAGAGGUAUGAUGAAGAAAUCAGGAAUGAAUAAGGAACCUGGUUACAGCAGAAUUGAGAUUCAAAGGGAGUUUCACUUCUUUGUUAAAAGUGAUAAAUCUCACAAACAAGCCGAGGAGAUUUAUAGAACCAUUCACAGCAUCACUGCGAUUUUAAAGGAUGCAGGCUCUAUUCGUGAACUAAGUGAAAACUCAUUGUAGGGAGUUAGUUAUAUUGAAUCUUUUGGCAUAGCCCCAAGUAUAGGACAUUCAUAUGAUCUGAUAAUCCAUCCAGUUCAAACUAUCUGAUCUAAGUUACAAAUGUUACAUUGGGUUAGAUUUUGUUCUUCGAUUUUUUGUUUGGUGUGACACAUUCUUCUUGAAUUAAACAUACUAUCUAUAUCUAAAAUUUCAA